UGUCAUGUAAUCUGGCAACUCCCCAACAUUGUUGGUAAAAAUGUUGAAGAACAUCUACGUAACGCCGUUAAAUUUGCUUAAAUCCGCAACUAGUCUGCAGCAGCAAGUGCGGACUACGUUCGUGCUAAAGCGGAAAUAUGAUCCGCCGUUGCACAAAACCAACGAGAAGCCUCGCCGGAUGAGGGCCAAGCACUUCAUAUACGAGCUGGUGGAGGACACACUGGUCAAGAAGCGGCCUAAUAUGCAGGUUGUACUAAAAACCUUUGUCGAGGGUGUUGGUGACAAGGGGGACGUGGUAUCCAUGAAGCCGCAUUUUGUCUACAAUAAGCUCCUGCUUCCCGGCUUAGCCGCAUACAACACGCCGGAAAAUGUGUCAAAGUACGCCAAAACGGAGGCUGAAAAAUCCGCUGUGAAACACAGUUCAGCGUACGCCCAGCGAACGGUCAACAUGCUAGAGUCCAUAGUCCUGGCGGUGGUAAUGAACAAAGAUGAGCCAUGGGUGCUUGAGCCCUGGCACAUUAAGGCCUCGUUGCGAAAGGCUGGGUUCCAUUGCCGCGAGGAGUGCAUCACUCUGCCCAAGGAGCGCAUAGAGGGACCUGACCUAAAGAAGGAAAAUAAGGACUUCUACUGUACUAUCACAAUUAAUAAGCUGGAGCAGGCACGACUAAAGUGUCGAUUGCAUCACUGGAGCACAGACCCCAGUGAACGUUUGCCUUACGUUUUGGAGCACUGGAAGUUGCAAUCCGAACCGCUUUUGGAUGUGAGUUCCCCAGAAAAGAGCGCAUAGGCUAUACCAAAUAAAAAUGAUUGUUACAAAA